AUGGCGGAUCCCGACGCGGCCUCCGCGGCGCUCAUCGCGAAGCUCCUGCAGGAGGAGAACCCCUACGGCGAGGACGUUUACGGCUACCAGGACGACUCCGACGACGAGGAUUACGGCCGAGCGAAGCGCAAGAAGAAAAAGAAGGCGCCCAAGCCCCCGAAGGAGCCCAAGCCUCCGAAGGAGCCCAAGCCUCCGAAGGAGCCCAAGGCGCCGAAGGAACCCAAGCGUCCGCGCGAGCCCACGGGCGACGAGGAAUUCACCGAAACCGGCAGGCGCAAGCGCAAGGAUGCCGGCACGGCGCGCGCCAAGGCCCGGCCUUGGGACGAUCAGGAGGAGGUGAAAUUCCGCGAGGCGCUCGUGCUGUACGGCAGGGACUGGAAGAAGUGCGCCGAGCACGUCGGCACGAGGGACGCGCGAUCGUUCACUUCUCACGCUCAGAAGCACUUCAUCAAGCUUUGCCUCCAGGGCAAGCCCUUGCCCGCGAAGGUGAGGGAAACCGGCGACGGGUACACCCUCUCCGGCAAGCCUCUGGAUCCCAACUCCUCCGCGGCGAAGCAGUACGGCUUCAAGGUGGAUACGUCGUUCACCUUGCCGGACGGGACCCGACCCGCCGGGCUCAUGACCGCGGAGGACGCCGAGGAGGCCGAGAAGGCGAGGCAGGCGAAGGUGGCCGAGACGGUGGGAAAGCUGCCCGUCGACUCCGACGGACGCUUCAAGGUGGGAACCGUCCUCAGGAAGAAGUUUGACGAGGAGGUUGAACGCGACGAAAACGCAGACGCCAACCCCAACGUCGGCACAGAGGACGACGACAGCGCCGAGAAGUGGAUCGAGGGCAAGGUGGUUGACGUGGACAAGGACGACGCCGACAACCCUCUGCCGUACUCCGUCGAGUUCGACGAUGGAACCUUCGAGGAUCUCGCGCACGAGGAACUCGAGGUUUGGGUCCAGGCCCGAAUCAAGCAUCAGAAGACGGAGGAGCGCCGAGCAUGGGAGGAGGAAAUGGAGCGCAAACGAUCUGAGAGGGAAGCUGAGAGGGAAGCCAAACUCGCGGAUAAGGAGCAGAAGGCUGCGGAGAAGGCUGCGGAGAAGGAGGCCAAGCAGCUCGCCAAGGUGAGGGAAGCCAGAGACCGGGCCGCGGCCGAAGCCGCCGCCGCCGAGCCCACGGAGUACGCUCGGAGCAGGCCGAGACGUGAGACCGCGGCGGUUGGAGCGACCACGUUCAGGGAUGCGGGCGGCGGCACCCUUGAGCUCCAUCCCAUGCGUAAGUUCUCCCCUUCCCCUCCCGGGUCAGGUGUGCCCGGGGCGCAGCCUUUCAAGCUUACCGUCUCCCCGGCGGCCAUGUUGGUCAUGGACCUCCACGCGCACCUGUGCACCAACGAGGUCAUCGGAUACCUCGGCGGUUCAUGGGACCCCGACACCAAGUCUCUGACCAUCGAACGCGCCUUCCCCGGUCGCGGCGUGGCGAGUGGCAUGGACGUGGAGAUGGACCCGAUCGCGGAGGUUGAGCUCAAAUCUCAGGUUGAGGCGCAGAACAUGAAGGUUGUGGGUUGGUACCACUCGCACCCCGUGUUCGAACCAACGCCGUCGGGUGUGGACAUCAACAACCAGCUCAACUAUCAGCGCCUUUUCCGCGACGAACCCGUCGGGGUGGAGCCGUUCGUCGGGUUCAUCGUCGGACCCUACGACAUGCGGCUGCCCAAUCAGGUGAGCUCGGUGACCGCCUUUUGCGCGCAGCGUCUGAUGAAGGCUGGCGCGACGGAGGAUGUCCCGUUCGAGGUUUCUUACGGCCUGUCCGACGAUAAGGACGUCGAGCCUCUGACGGUGGGCAGUAUGGCGGCGGUGGUGGUUCAGAACAAGAGCACCGAGGGCAGGGUGAACCCCACGGAGCUGUGGCGGCCUUUUACAACCUUCGAGAACUUCAAACCUGGCGGCGGGCCGUGUACAAAGCUCGCAAAGCUGAGGGCCAGUCUUUGCGCCAGGUUGCCCGCGGGCAUGUCGGAACUGAGGGAAGAGGAGAUCAUGGAUGGGGUGGCGAAGACGAUCCAGACGUCGUGGGGAGUCGACCUCGGGUAUUGA